CCCCCAAGGCUGAUCAAACAGGCCCCGGCUCCUGAAGAGCACCGUACAAGAGAGCACGUUCCAAUUACUUUUUAUUGCCUCAUCAAGGAUGCCAACCGGACCAAAGCAGAAGUAGUCUGGAGCAGAGAUGGCGCCCCACUUUUGGUCUCUUCGAGUGGUGAUUACUUCGUGAGCCAGAACCAUGGCCAAAGUCUGACGAUCAUCCGGCCGACUGUGGAAGAGCAGGGCUUGUAUCAGUGCGAGGUGAAGAACAGGGCGGCCCCACCUCGCUUUCCACCAGACUUUGUGAGCUACCGAGAGCGUAUAGCUGUUCAGCUCGGCGAUCCAGUGCACCUGUCCUGUCCGGUGCGUGGUUCUCCUCGACCCAUGGUCACAUGGUUCCACAAAGGCGUUCCUCUCCCAGUAACCGCCCUGGCCGGUGGCCUGGGGCCGUCGGGAGCUAGAAUCUCGGGGCCCGGUUUGCCGAGUGCCUUUCUGCUCGAACCCUUCAACUCUGUCGGCACUGGAGGCCGUGGCGGAGGUGCACUUGUGUCCCUUCGUCACAAUGACAUUGACUUCGGAGUGCCGCUCGGAAUUAGGAGUGAAAGCCAACAGCAACAGCAACAGUUGCAACAACAACAGCAACAGCUACUUUCACUGACGGAACUGCGAUUUCAAGCGCGCAAGGAGGAUGUUGGCGAGUAUCAAUGCUUGGCGAGAAACGAGGCUGGAAACGUCUCUAAAACUUAUGAAUUGGAGAUAAGAAGUGAGUGCUUCAUUGGCUUCCUGUACAUUUUAUGA